GAGACGAAAGGGCGGGCACAUUUCGAACGGACCUAACGUUUAAACCGUGCCGGUGUUCACUGCCGUGUAAUUGUCAACCUUAUGCCGGUAUAGGGAUUAAAAUCCCUCCACACCUGUUAAUGAAAGACUGAGAUGUUAUUUGUUUGUAAUGUGUCUUCAUAUCCUGUUUACCUACUUUCUAAGUGAUUCGUAUAAUUUUAAUUCCCACCCUUUUGCGUAAAAGAAAUGACUCAACUACUCACAGUUACAUGAGCUGCGUGAAAAAUCCGAAGCAUGUCCUAGUUCAGGCGCUAAAAUCUCUGACAAGCAACCAUGCGACUACAAGACCUUUGGCAAUUUUAACUUCGUAGAUAACUGUGAUUCUGAGGUUAUGUAUUACCGUAAACUCUUGAUCUUUGCACUUUGUAAUCUUGGUCAUACAGUUUCCUUUAACCAUGCUAUGUUGAAAGCCUUCAUAACCAAUAAGAAUUACAACCCUACUAGUGCUCACUCCCAUUCACAACCAUUUGUACACUUAACUAGUGCAUACAAAAAAAGUCGUAGCCCUACUCCGUCACCAUUGCAUAUGUUUAUCCACACAUUAAGAUAAUUAACAAAAAUUAAAUUAGAUUAUUUUGUAAAGUAGAGUAAACGGAAACCUUGAAUCAUAUCUUGAGGUACAUGACUCAUACCUGGACCCCAUGAAGAUAGGUUGCCAUAUAUCCCCACCUUUUGAUUUGCACGACUAAUGAAGUGUUUCAUAUACUAUUUAGUCUUUUAUUUGGUUCCAAAACUGCAAAUGCACCUGCAUAUUCUCUAGCUGAUAUCCUUAAUCAGUAUGUAAACAGGUGUACUUAUAUCUUCAUCUGCAGCCCACGUUAUUGGGAUACGAUUUAUAAAACAAGAGCGGCUCAUUCUAGAAGUUUGUUGUCUUCUGGCUAAAUGAUCAUCUCCUUUCACAGCACAAAUAAUCUUUUCCAGUACUUCAACAUAUUUACUGAUAAGAUGGGCUAGUCGAUGAUUAUUUGCCGAAUUCCUAUAUCCAAUUCAAAAGAUAGAUUGGUGAUUUUGUCCCCCCAGCUGUUUGGAGAUUUUUAUUGAUUUAGUGAUAUUUUAAAUGUCAUCAUCAUUGCUACAGUAAAACCUGUUAGCGUUUGUAUCAUUCAUCUAAACCACUGGACCUGAUAGGUUCAAUAUAUCAAAUGAUUUGUCACUGUUGUUUGAACGUGAAUAUCUGAGAUACUGGGUGGGUUCACGUAAAGUUACCUAUGGUGUCAACAGAAUCAAGUAUUUUUUAGAAAUCAUGUUGGCUUAAUUUCACCAUUAUUUUGUGGUUUUAUAGUUUCUUAUCUGUGGUAUUUAGUGGCUACCGUAAUUAUCUAUGAACUUUUGAUUAACGUCUCAUUUGGGUAGCCUCAAGUAUCCAGUCAUUUACUUUUUUCCGUUAAGAAUUUUUGGAUCGUUGAUCGUCGUAAUAACUAUUGUAUUUCGUAGUAUUUGCCUGUCCAGUCAUUUUAUCUCGUUUUUUAUUUACCUUAUGUAUAUCAUAGGCUCAUCGACUUUUGGAAAGCAGUGAAAUAUUGAUCUAUAUUGGUACUGGUUAAAUCCUUACAUGGAUGUAAUUUUCGAAAGUUCACGUAUUGCAAAAAAUGUUUCAUUCACAACUUAUUGCCGUCUAUUAGAAAAGCUAGCAUCAAGUGAUGGGAUCAAGACGAAAGAAAAAAUUUUGUCCAAAUUUAUAAUUUUAUGGGAGACCCAGUAUCUUGCAUUAGACUCAAUAAGUCAGUAUCCGUGUGGUGGUCGAGCUAGUCUUUAUUUACUCUUACGUUUGUUGAUUCCUUCUCAUGAUAGAUCAAGGAAAGCUUUCGGAUUACGUGAACAAACACUAUCAAGACUAAUAAUUAAAGCUAUUGGACUUGCCCCAAACAGUUUGGCUGCUCGUAAACUUUCACAUAUUCAUCCUAAUAUUAUCCAUCGACAGACUGAUUUUGCCGAUGUAGCAUAUACAGUGCUCAAAGCUCGAAGUCGUGAGGACAGUGUUUUGUCUGUCAAGGAUCUGAAUGCUCAUUUAGACGACCUAACUACUGCUGAGUCAUAUCAGAUGCGUUUACAAGUAUUGCGAUCGUUGUUACAGUUAACUACAGCUUUAGAACAAAAAUGGAUUAUACGUCUUAUUGUUAAACGAGAUUCUGGUUGUUGCCUAAGCGGGAAGAGUAUUCUCAAAUGCUUUCAUCCAGCUGCGGUCUCUGUUUUUGAAGUCACACAAGAUCUUCUCCCGCUAUGUGAACGAAUUGCAAAUAUACCUUCUUCCAACAUAUCUAUGUUGACAGGACUUGCUAACGAUCUAAGCAACUCAGUCAAUGUCACUCUUUUUGUUCCAUUUCGUCCCAUGUUAUGCGAGCGGGCUAAUAGUGGUGAUAUGCUAGUUAACGCAGCACUACAUUUGUACGGUAAACAGAACCAAGGUGAUACUAAAGGAUUAAAACUUCUUUUCGAGACGAAAUUUGAUGGAGAACGAGUUCAACUUCAUAAAUCAAGUAAUUCUUAUCGAUAUUGGUCAAGAAAUGGUUUAGAAUGGACAGCAAGCUACGGUGAAGAUGGUACUCGAGAUUUUGACAGAUUAUCUGCUCAAUUACAUUGUGGAUUUGCACAGCAUGUAACUGAUUGCAUACUAGAUGGAGAAAUGAUGAUAUUUAGUAAUUGGUCAAAGUCAAUUAUGUCAAAAUCCACAAAAUUCGAUGUAAAACGAAGUUCUUAUCAAAAUCCAGAAAUCGAUAAUUAUCAACCGUGUUUCAUCGUUUUCGAUAUACUUUAUUUGAAUUCACAAUUAUUAACUUCAAAGUCCUUACUGGAGCGUAAACAUCUUCUGUCAGAGGCAUUUAAUUUUAACUCCACAUCAUUGGAUACUGACUUGUUUAUGGAUAGUGGUGAAUCAUUAGAUUUCAAACCAAUCCCUAUUAUAGAUGGUAUUAUAUACGUUUCCAAAUGGUAUACUGCCUCAGCACAUCAAACAGAAGUUGCAAGAGCUUUUAAUCAUCUUGUGAAUGAUCAUCAAGAGGGUCUUAUAGUGAAAAUAGCUGAUUCUCCAUCUCCUUAUCUACCUGGUAUUAGAACUGAUAGUGGCUGGUGGAAAAUUAAACCAGAUUAUAUACAGGGUUUAUUAGAAGACUUAGAUUGUAUAAUUGUCGGUGGUUAUUUUCAUCAUCGUGGGAAUAAGAUAAUAACAAGAGUUAACCAUUUUUUAUGUGCUGUUCGGGGUGAUGAAUCUACUUCAGAAGAUAAUUUCAAUCUAACACGGUUUUAUACAUUUUGCAAGGUUAAAUCUGGGCUAACAGUUAAACACUUGAAAGAAAUCAACAAGUUGUUAGGAAAACAUUGGAAGGUGUACGAUAAGAAACAUCCUAACUCUAGUUCUACUGAAUGGUUGUGUGUGAAUUCUGAACGCCCAGAUGUAUGGAUAGCUCCACAAUCAUCGCUUGUUUUACAGCUUCAUGGAGCUGAGUUAAUCCAGAGUGAUUCAUAUUCUUGUGGAAUGACUCUUCGAUUUCCUCGUGUGGUGGCUAUACGUUAUGAUAAAAAUUGGUGUGAUUCUCUGUCAAUGAGUGAAUUAAUUAAGCUAAAUACUGAGACAGAGGGUAAAUUAGCCACAAAGCGAUUGUCAAUCGUGCCAACAUUUUCUGGACUUGCAGAUGUCCAACAUCAACACUUCUUUCCAGAUAUAAGUAAUUUGAAUAAUAGUUGUUCAAACACAAAUCAAAGUAGUGGGUAUCAUACAUUAAAUGAAACCACAGAACAACAGACAACUGAAUCGUUUAUAAAUAUUGAUGAACCUUUAGCAACAUCUUCACCUAUUAAACAACGUAAAAUUGAUAUUUAUCAUGAACAUUUAAACUAUUUUGGAAAUCAUGAAAUAUGCCUUUGGUUAUCAAAUGAUAUUGAAUUGAAUAAAAAAAUAGAAUAUGAAACUAUUAUCCGUCACUAUGGUGGUGUUGUUGUACAAAAUCCAUCUGAAAGUACUUUUUGUAUUGUUGUUGAUAAACUUACAUUAAAGACAAAAAACUUACUAAACUAUUCCAGUACUUCAAAAAAACGCUCUUCAUCUAUUGAAUACAAUGUAGUUCACUUGAACUGGUUACUUGCUUGCAUCAAUAAGAAGUCUCUGUUAGCAUGGAAACCAAAAGAUAUGUUUGCAAUGAAUUCAUCUGUCGCUGCUAAAAUGGCUCAAGAAUAUGACAAAUUUGGUGAUAGUUAUAGUGAGCCCAUUACAUCUGAUGAAUUGAAAUUAAUCUUUAAUGAUAUUUCAUGCUUUGAAUCAGUUACAGAAGAGAAGAGGGAUAUACCAAAGUUAACAGUUCCAAAACUCAGUCAUUAUUCAAAGUUAAAACUUUUAUUAGACGAAUUUCCAAAUGAUAUGGAAGUGUUACAUCCUUUGACGGGUUAUAUUCUAGUACUUAUACGUCCAUUGUUCAGUUUAGAAAAUGAUGAAAAGAAGACUGUACUGACUAGUUUGGAAAUUCAUCAACAAUUAAUGAUUAUUGAUCUACGUAGACUUGGUUCAAUGUGUAUAGGACCUAUUGGUAUUUAUAAACUGGAGUCUGUAUCUAAUUUACAGUCUUUGUUGAAUAUGACCUAUCAUAAUUUUUUAUCUGUCGAUUCACAUACGAAUGAUUGUAUGCGAUCGUUAAGUAAUAAUUGUAUCAAUCCAACGCAUGUUGUAGUGUUAUCGUCUUCCCAAGAAAAAGAGUUUAAUAUUUGGUUAAACGAGAAUUAUUCAACAUUAAACUCUUGGAUUCGUCAAUUUCCUCGUAUACCACAUUUCAUUAAAGAUAGUUGGUUAACUGAAUGCAUUAUGCAAAGCAAUUGGUGUUCAGAAUUGAAUCAUUUGAUUGAAAUGAAUUAAAUUCAUCAUUCUUUCAUGCUGUUCAUCCAGCUUUUGAAGCGAAACGGUAGUUUAGUGGCUAGACCACUUGUCUUCCAUCCGAAUAGGUCACCGACUCAAACUUCACCUCACCCUUACUUCGAUUUGAGCAGGCAUGUAGUGUCACUAAUCCUUACAUAAAUUAUAUCGGGCUCAAGGCUGGUGAGUACAUCAACUUGUAUAUGAUAAAUGAGCUCUAUUGUUAUCUGUACUGUAUAUUAUUAUUUACUUUGAUUGCAAUACUCCGUAAAGAAAAAAAUGAUCGAAUACUUCAUAUAAUUUACAGCUGAAUUUUUUUAUUCAUAAUGUCAAUAUUCUUUUCUUCAAACUUAUUUAUCUUUGAAAGCCCUUAUUCUUUCUAUUUCUCCACUUCUAUGAAUUGAUCAUUAUUAAUCAUCAUUAUUUGUGCAACUAAUUUCUAAUUCUCUUUUUUCAUUAUUUUUAACCAUAAUACCAGUUUAUUUUUGUAUAAUUUUGUUUUAUCAAUCUGUGAUAAUUGGAAAAAAUACAACAUUAUGUUUUCUCUGA